AGCUGUGGUCAAAACAGACACGGCGCAGCACACACUGGCGGUACACCUGCUGCAGGUCCGUGCGGUUGGUGUCGCGUGUUAGUGUGCGUCACACCUGCGCCGAGGCAGCGGCUGGAGUCUCCAGAGGCCGCUGAAGACGAGCGAGUCAUGGACGACGACGAACACCACCCGGAGCUGGAGAACAUGGCGCGCUUGGGUGUGCCGGGCGAGGAGCCACGCCGGCGGCGCAGCAGCAGCCCGCGCCUGCUUGACCGCGUGCAGCUGUUCGACCGCGUGGCGCAGGAGCACGCCGAGUCGCAGGCCACCAACCCCUUCUCCGACCAUUUCCAGGGCCGCGUCUCGCCUCGGCCCGACGACCCCGACUACGGCAAGCCGAAGGCUGGGUCCAAGACGGAGCUGCGAGGCAAGAAGGCGUCAUCGCAGGUGCACAAGGAGAUGCUGGAGCUGUGCACCGUCAUCAGCGAGCACGGCGAGCCGCUGGAGGGCGGCGGCGCCGUCAUCUUGUUCGGCGAGCUCUUCCAGAUCUACACCUACAUCUCCAACAAGGUGGUCGGGCUGCUGCUGAGGGCGCGGAAGCAGAAACUGGUCGACUUUGAAGGCGAGACGCUGUUUCAGAGGAGGGAUGACGACGUGCCAAUAGUGUUGCUGAUGCCCCUGGAGCAGGUGCGAGAACACUUCCGCAAGCAGGACAGCGAGUAGGCAGCAGAGGCUCUGAGCAGACAUGGCCGCCCACGACCUUCCAGUGGCCGCAGUGUUACUGCUGACACCACCACCCGUCGAUGCCAUGCCACAAUGAGGUGGCCAUCUUGAUCCGAGAAGAUUUUAUAAAAUGUCUCCCUCCACUUGAUAGACCUGGACACUAUGGCCACAAAAAAAUUGCAGGGACAGUGUGAGCCGGCACAAACCACAUACUGGGGAAACACUUCGCAGCAGAAUGCUGUAUGUAACUUGUCUAGCAUGAGAUUCUCUGUAUAUAUAUAUAUAUAUAUAUAUAUAUAUAUAUAUAUAUAGAGAGAGAGAGAGAGAGAGAGAGAGAGAGAGAAUCUCAUGCUAGAAAAGUGACAUACAGCCUUAUGCUGUGAAGUGUUUCCCCAGUAAGUGGCUUGUGCCGGCUCAUGUAUAUAUUCUCCUCUUCCCUACCAUUUCCAGGGUUUUGCAGAUUUUGUUUCACUAUGUAACUGUGUGGAUGGAUGCUCUUUCAGGUGCCAAUCACCUAGAUAACCAAAGGAAGUCGUGUGUAGUGAAACUCUGAAUGGUGUGAACUUUAUUCUGUUUGUUAUACUAAUUUAAAUGUUUGUGUAUCAGAUUGGCUGAGGUGGAAGUUGGAGACCACCUCAGCUUUUGCCUAAAUGAGCGUAUAUAUAUAUAUAUAUAUAUAUAUAUAUAUAUAGAUA